CUCGGCGCAGGAUUACCUAAAACGCAUCGUGUCAUCCGAGUCCAGCGCUCAAGCAGCUUGGUCUCAGUUUUCAGCGAGCGUUAAGCGGCUCUAACGUGCCUCGGUACGUUUGAGAAGGAAUGUGGGUUCGUCCUUUAACGUCCGGUGCAUCCUUGAACUCCUUGCUACACUGUGUCUUUGCAAUUUCAGCGCAUCAGUCCUUUCGCAGGUCCAUCUCAGUCUUUUGUUGCUCAGGUGCAUUUGCCUGUUUGGUACAGCUGUUUCUCCCCGCAUAUUGUGGCGCUCCAACCUUAACCCCAGACCGUUAUACUUCUUUCACGCCAAGCGAGAGUGUACUUUUCCAUCUACGAGCUGAAGUAGCUGUAUUGCCUCGUUAUCGCCAUGUUUGGUACCACAGAUCCCCAGAUCCAGCGUGCACAGGAGCUACACACUCUACCACCGAAGGGUCACCCAUACAGUCUGCCGCUUGCAGGCACUGAGACAGAAGGUAAGAGUGCUAUCUACCGGCACUGGAGGUUCACGGACAAGCCACUGCUCGACAGCUUGGUCCCUGAGAUCAACACUCCACACGAGGCUUUCGAGGCCACCGUCGCCAGACAUCCCAGGAACAACUGCCUCGGCCAUCGCCCAUACGACCCCGUUACCAAGAAGUUUGGCGCCUAUGUAUGGGAGAGCUACGAGCAGAUUGCCCAGCGCCGCAAGAACUUUGGUGCUGGAUUGGUGCAUCUCCAUAGGCAGGCGGGCGUGACAGAGCCUAAGCAAUACGGCGUUGGGUUGUGGUGUCAGAACAGGCCUGAAUGGCAGAUCACUGACCUGGCUUGCAUGUCGCAGGCCCUCUACACCGUCUCUAUCUACGACACCCUUGGUCCAGACACUACCGAGUACAUCAUCCACCAUGCCGAGCUUGCCUGUGUUGUCACCGGCAUGAACCAUGUCACACAACUGUUGAAGCUGAAGCCGCGACUGCCAACGCUAAAGAUCAUCGUUGUUCUGGACCCUCUGUCUGAUGGUGAGCUUCCUGGCGAGUCCAAGGGAGAUCUCUUGAACUCGCUAGCCAGCGAACUGGGCGUGACUAUUCACUACAUCCGCGAUGUCGAAGCACUGGGCGAGAAGCAGCCACUCCCUAUCAACCCACCAACUCCAGACGACACAGUGACAAUCAACUACACCUCAGGAACCACCGGAAACCCCAAGGGUGUUGUGCUGAGCCAUCGCAAUGCGCACGCUGCAACUUGUGCAACCAUGGUGCUUCUCGGUAACGGACACGAUCAGGUCGUCUGCUCGUUCUUGCCCCUGGCCCACAUCUAUCAGCGAUUGGGUGAGCACGGUGCUCUCGCAUCUGGCGCAGCAAUCGGCUACUUCCACGGAAACAUCGUAGAGCUGGUCGAGGACCUGCAGAUGCUGCGUCCCACAAUCUUCUCUGGCGUUCCCCGGCUAUACAACCGCUUCGGCUCUAAGAUCAAAGAAGCCACCAUCGAGCAGUCCGGCCUCAAGGGCGCCCUAUCCCGUCACGUCGUCUCUACGAAGCUUGCCGCCGUGAACGACAAGCACAACCCCACUAACACGCACAUGCUCUACGAUCGCAUCUGGGCCAAGAAGGUAGCCGGCGGCCUCGGUCUUGACCGCUGCAAAGUGCUCGUCAGCGGCUCGGCGCCCAUCGACCCCAGCUUGCACCAGUUCCUCCGCAUCGUGUUCGGCAGCAACUUCACCCAGGGCUACGGUCUUACCGAAACGUAUGCCGUUUCCCUGAUCCAGCACGAGGGCGACUUCACGUCCGGAAACUGCGGCGGUGUGACACCGAACGCUGAAGUCUGUCUCGCUGAUGUACCCGAUAUGGAGUACCUCUCCUCCGACAAGCCGUACCCUCGUGGUGAGCUUCUGGUCCGCUCGACAACAACGUUCAAGAAGUACUUCCGCAAUCCCGAGGAGACAGCUAAGGCGAUUGAUGCAGAUGGCUGGUUCCACACCGGCGACAUCUGUCUUGUCGAUGAGAUGGGCCGCUUCAAGAUCAUCGACCGCAAGAAGAACGUGCUCAAGUUGGCGCAGGGAGAAUACAUCUCGCCCGAGCGCAUUGAGAACGUCUAUCUCGCCAACUGCGGGUGGAUCGCCUCAGCCUACGUGCACGGCGACAGCCACCAGUCGUUCUUGGUCGCCAUCUUUGGUGUUGCGCCGGAUAUCUUCCCACAGUGGGCUUCCAAGGUCUUGGGCGAGAAGAUACCCGAGGGUGACUUCGCGAAGCUCAAGGAGAUCCUGGGCGACAAGAGGGUAGAGCAGGCUGUCCUGAAGGAGCUGAACAAGAUCGGCACUAAGAACAAGUUCAACAGCUACGAGAAGGUCAAGGCUGUGCGAUUGUUCCUUGAGCCGUUCACCAUCGAGAACCAGCUCCUAACACCCACAUUGAAGCUGAAGCGUGCACAGGCCGCAAAAGCAUUCAGGAAGCACCUCGACGACUGCUACGAGGAGGCACUUGCGGAGGAGGGCAAGCCGAGGGCCAAGCUGUAAUCUGUUAUCUGUUGUACCCAGUUUUCGGGCGGUGGUUGCAUGCAUGGAAGCGAGAUUGCGCGUUAAGUCAGACGGACAGACUCUAUUGUCAGACUCCAGUUACGGAGAGUAUGCGAUGGUGUACAUGUGGGCAUAGGUCAUGCAGUACCAGUAGUGUCAUUAGAAG